AUGGCAAGUGGAGCCACAUCAACAGUGCUGACGGUGCAGCAGCUGAGUGCACGUGCUGCUCGCAUCAUGCGCUCAAUGCCGUGGGGCCGACUCACGCGACCCGACGUGCGGUUACCCCACGUCCAGGCCUUUACCCGCUUCCUGGAGGCUUCUCACCUCAGCCUGCUGCAGUCGCUUGGGAUCCCAUCCUCAGCCAUUUUCCACAGCUACACCUAUCUGAUGAACAGCUUUGCAGCGCAGCUCACCACUGCGGAGGCGAGGCGACUCAAAUUGCAUCCAGCAGUGGCAGACGUGGAGAGAGACCGCACAGUGCGAGUGACCUCGGUGCACUCCCCUGAGUUCCUCAAGCUCGACUCGAGCCUGACCCAAGACCAAAACGGAGUGCCUUACUCUGCUGCCCCUGUGCGCUGGAGAAGCGUGUGCAGCAAAACUGACGACUUCACAGCGUGCAACGGCAAGGUGGUUGGGGCGAGGUUUUUCCUGAAGGGUCUGGAGCAGGUGGAUGGCAAGUUGGAUACCGAAUAUGAUUACCGGUCACCACGGGACAUCACGCAGCACGGCACAUGGUGUGCGGGGUGA